AUGGAUUUCGACAAGGAAAACACAGUCACCCCGGACGGCGGAGAACCCACGUUCGCGGAGAAGACCUCGCUGCGUCACGUCGCCGAGAACCUGCCCGUCUCCGCCUGGUUGGUGGCCAUUGUCGAGCUCUGCGAGCGUUUCACCUACUACGGAAUGUCGGGUCUGUUCCAGAACUACAUCCAGCGCCCUCUGGACGGGAGCCAAGGUCGGGGUGCCCUGGGUAUGGACCACCAGGGUGCCACGGGUCUCACUACCUUCUUCCAGUUCUGGUGUUAUGUCACACCCAUUCUGGGUGCCGUCGUGGCCGAUCAAUACCUCGGCAAGUACAAGACGAUCGUGCUUUUCUGUAUCGUCUACAUGGUGGGUCUGUUGAUCCUGGUCUGCACAUCUAUUCCCGGUGCCCUGGAAAAUGGCGCCGGUCUGGGAGGUUUCAUCGUCGCCAUCUUGAUCAUCGGUCUGGGUACCGGUGGUAUCAAGAGUAACGUGGCGCCCUUGAUUGCCGAUCAGUACAAGCGCAAGAAGAUGGCCAUCAAGACCAUCAAGAACGGCGAGCGGGUUGUCAUUGACCCUGCCCUGACUAUUCAGCGCAUCUACAUGAUCUUCUACGGAUGUAUUAACGUCGGUUCCCUCUCCCUGCUCGCAACUCCCUACAUGGAGAAGUACAUCGGCUUCUGGUCAGCCUACCUUCUCUGUCUCUGCAUGUUCAUGGUCGGCACCCUGGUGGUGACCCUCGGCCGCAAGUACUACGUUGUCCGCCCUCCCCAGGGCUCCAUCAUCACCGACGCCUUCCGUGCGCUGUUCAUCAUGAUCAAGAACCGCGACAUGGACGCCCCCAAGCCCUCGUGGCAGACUGAGCGCCACGGCUCCUCCUCCGUCAACUGGGAUGACCACUUCAUCGACGAGCUGAAGCGUGCCCUCGUCGCCUGCCGCGUCUUCGCUUUCUACCCCGUCUACUGGGUCGUCUACGGCCAGUUCUCCAGCAACUUCGUCACCCAAGCCGGCCAGAUGCAAACCCACGGCAUCCCCAACGAUCUCAUGCAGAACUUCGACCCCAUCGCUGUCAUCGUCUUCAUUCCCGUCCUCGAAUCCUGCGUCUACCCCAUCCUGCGCCGCCUCAAGAUUAACUUCCGCCCCAUCACCCGUAUCUCUUUCGGUUUCGUCGUCGCCUCCCUGGCCAUGAUGUACGCCGCCAUCGUGCAGCACCUGAUCUACUCCGCCGGACCCUGCUACGGAAACCCACUCUGUGACGCCUCCGUGGUCGACGGCACCGCCUACGGUAACAACGUCCACAUCGCCAUCCAAACCCCAGCCUACGUCUUCAUCGGUGUCUCUGAGAUUUUCGCCUCCGUCUCCGGUCUCGAGUACGCCUACACCAAGGCCCCACCUAGCAUGAAGUCCUUCGUGCAAUCCAUGUACCUCCUCACCAACGCAUUCGGUUCCGCCAUCGCCGAGGCCCUGACCCCCGCUGCCUUCGACCCCGCUAUCAUGUGGAUGUUCGUCGGUCUGGCCUGUGCCUCUUUCCUGGCCGGUCUGAUCUUCUUCGCCAUCUUCCGCCACCUCAACGCGCAGGAAGAUGACAUGAAUGCUCUCGAUGCGGAUGAUUACAUGCCUGAGGCCCCUAUUGCUGAGGAGCGUCGUGCUUCCCAGGUCCACUAA